AUUUUUGUAAAGGAAUUUUGCACUUAAGAUGAACAGCGUUGAUAGUGGACUUUUGGACGAUAAGGAUAUGGCUCAAGAUCUUGGUCUUGUAAGAAGGCCAACUACGACCAAUUAUGAGCAGCAUGAAGCUGAGCAAGAAAGCAUCAGAGCUAAAGCUUUAUCAAAACAAAAUGGGCAGACAAUUUCAAGAUUUGCUUGCUCGGUGAUUAUGAUUUUGAUCUGUAUCAUGGCUUCUGGUCUUGAUAACUGAGGACAAGAUAUUAGAGGACUUCUUUGGCUAGCUGUUAAGAUUAAAGGAGGUCUUUGCGCAUAUUAUUUUGUGACUAUGUAUCUUUUGUCUGCAAAGAUAAUAAAGCCAACACUAUUCCACAUCUUUGAUGUUUGUAUCUUCCUAGGACUUUUAGUAUUUUAUUAUCAUGUCAUAUCUCUCUACAUUAAUAGAAAUAACUCUUGUAGAGACAGCUGGAAUUGGCUCUGGUUUGGUCACUUCCUCCUUCUAAUUGAAUCUCUAUGAAGCAUGUGUAUGUGUUGCUGACUCACAUGUUUGAUAACUUUCGUUCUUAGUGUUCUAUGCUGCGCAGCAGCCGCUGAUAAUGAAAAGAAGAGAGCUAACGUUGCUCUGAGCGACUUGCUAUUGAAUGCUGCUCAAUUCAAGUUUAAUCCCGAGGACUACAGAAGUACAAAGAGCUGUACAAUUUGUCUUGAUGACUUCAAGCAAGGAGACAAUAUUAUUAACUUACCAUGCCACAAAACUCACAUCUUCCAUUCCCAAUGCAUUGCCGACUGGGUGAAGGAGAACAACAACUGUCCCCUAUGCAAGACUCCAAUAACUGAAGAGGACAUUAAUGGAAUAGAAAUGAAAGAGACUCCUGUUUAA